AUGACCAAGAGUGACCUAUUUUUAGAUAAUAGAGGGGUUUGUGCUGGAGGAUGCUACAGGCCUGAUGAGCCAGUUGAGAUUUUCAUUGGCAUCCUGUCAUCAGCCAAUCAUUUUGCUGAGCGUAUGGGUGUGAGGAAGACAUGGAUGUCUGCUGUCCUCAAGCCACCAAACAGGGUGGCUCGUUUUUUUGUUGCACUGCAUGGCAGAAAGGAAGUGAAUGUGGAGCUGAAGAAGGAAGCUGAAUUUUUUGGGGACAUUGUUUUUGUGCCCUACCUGGACAACUACGAUCUUGUUGUUAUGAAGACUCUUGCAAUAUGCGAGUAUGGGGACUUGGCAUAUGAUUCUUUGCAUUGUUGUUUAGCUGUUAACAUCUUUAGCUAUCUAGGAAGCAUGAUAGCAUUUUAUGGUCAGUCGGACCAAUACUCAUGUUGUAGAGUUCCUCAUCUAACAAGUCAGCAUUAA